AUGAAGAAACAGUGGAAAGGAAAAGACUUAAGUAACCAGCUUUGGGAGUGUGGUAGAGCAACAACAGUCAAUCAUUUUAACAGAGUAAUGGAUGAGUUUAAGAAGAUCAAUGAAGAGGCUCAUGCUUGGGUGUUUAAUAUCCCAGCAAACACUUGGGCCAAAUCUCACUUUAGUGGAAGGGCACAUACGGAUUGUUUGUUGAAUAACCUUUGUGAGGUAUUCAAUUCUAAGCUAGAUGAAGGUAUGGAUAAACCUAUUAUCACUUGCUUAGAGUAUAUUAGAGAGUAUCUCAUGAAGAGGUUAUGUGUGGUGCAAAAGGAAAUAGAUAAGUGUGAAGGACUUCUAACCCCUACUGCAACUACACUGUUUGAAAAGAUUAAGACUGAUGCAUCAAAGUAUGUGGCUAAAUACAAUGGGGCAGGAAAGUACCAAGUGGCAAGCACAUGGCAAGACCAGUAUGUGAUAAACUUGAAUGAUCAAAGUUGCAGUUGUAGGUUUUGGGAGAUUACAGGUUUCCCAUGUAGACAUGCUGUUUGUACUAUAUGGGACAAAAUUGAAAAUGGUGAAAAUGCCCCACAUGUUGAUGAAUGGGUCCAUCCUUGCUAUACGUUAUCAACAUGGAAAGCCAUGUAUUUCAACAAAAUUGAUCCAUUGAAUGGACGUACAAUGUGGCCUAAAAGUGACUGCCCAUUCACUUUACUUCCACCAAAACAUAAGACACAGGUUGGGAGGCCUAAGAAGAAGAGAAGGAGGGGUGUUGAUGAGCCAAACAGCCAAGCUGGUAGAUUGAGCAGGAAAUAUUUGGCAGUCACUUGUUCAAAGUAUCAUAACAAAGGGCACAAUUCCAGAACAUGUAAAGGGCAGGGAGGCAGUGGUGAAGUUGGAGGGGGCUGA